GUUCUGUCAAAUGUCAAAUUAGGAUUUUGAUCUGAAUAUUGCGAAUUGGUUUGUUAUUAUUUCCUUUUGCAGAUUGUGCCCUGAAUAUUCAGUGUUUUUGAAUUUAUUCUCAGUGUUUGUUUGUAAUACAAUGAAACUUUAGUUUAGUGCCUUUUUUCAAGCCUCUUUCUGCACCAACAAGCCGUUGGUAACCUUAAAAAUUUAAGUGAACAAUGCCGACUUCGACGAUGUAUUUGUAAUCAUGGAUUCUUCUAAAGAUUCUUCGUCUAUACGGAAUCCUAUUAAACUAGAUGUCGAAGAAGGAAAUAGUAAAAACUACAAAGACUCUCCUAAUACAACAGGGCCAAGAGACUCUGCUGAAAACCUAUUUACAUCGACCUCGAAUGCUAGCUCGAGCUUUGUCCCCUCGAACGGACCCCAGCCGAAUCAUGUAAAUUCAUCAUCCUGUAAUGAGCCAGCUUCGCAAAAUAGCAAGUGUAGUGAAAAUAUACCCGGAAGUAGUAAAGCCUUUCAUAUUUCUGCUCAACCACAGUUUUGUAAUAAUAAAGUGACAAAUUCAAAGCCUGAUUUAACGGAUCCUGCGGUUGCAGGCAACAGUAGGUCCAUAGCAACACUGUAUGACAAUGGAACAGAGAGUGGUCAGGACAAACAGACUUGUCAGAGACAUAAGGUGUGCUUAGACAAGGCAGGCAGCAGCAGCCUACCAUCAACAAGUGGCACUAGUAAAACUAGUGACAAUGCAGAGUGCAGUCCUUUCAGAGAGAACAGGAAGAGACCCUCAAGUCUGAAGCUUAACAGGCCUAAUUUAGAUGAUGAUAGCUCCAGUGAUACUGGCAAUGAUGAUUACUCUUUGGGAUCAGAAGAUGGGUGCAUCUACACAUACAGGGGCGGAGAACAUUUGGCUGAUUUACCAAGUUCAUUCUUUAGUCUAGACAUGGGCUUGCCUUUAGAUAAACAUUUAGCUAUGCCUAAUUUUCCUGGGCCCCCUCAGGCUGCAGCUGGAGGCCGAGAACAGGGUUCAAGGGCUUCUAGCCCUGAUAUGGAUUUUUUGGAAAUGGAUUUUGAUCCAGGACCUUCAUGUGAAGUGGAUACUGGUGAUGAAUCAUCCCCUGAUGCUGAUUUGGAAUCUGCUAGCAAUAUGCCAGAGGAAAAUGAGCCUGUGCUAUUGAGGGGAACGUCUCCUGAGUAUGUUCCUCCAGUUAGGUAUAAUCCUGUGAGUGUGCCAGCUCCUGUAGCAUCAGUAUCACAUGGGGAUGCAGACUUAUAUUCAUACAGUGUGCCAUCAACCAGUCGAGGAGUAGCGGGUCAAGGGGAUGCUCCCGAGAGCAGUAGUAGCCAUAAUUAUGUUGAUCAAAACUAUAGUUAUGGACCUUAUAUCACCCAUAUAAACUCAAGGGGUGAGCAGCUUAUUGUCAGAAGGACAAUGGCACAUGGUCCUAUUAAUUUUGCAGGCAGUCUACAUUUCACAAGUGGAGACUUGGUGUCACCGUCAGAGCUAUUGUGUUAUGAUGAUGAACAUGUGGAAGCUUUUGCUCAUCAAAUCAACCAAUCAACACUUGACACUGCAACUCUAUCGUCAGCCCUGUACCAUGUUACAAUGGCCAAGAAACUGAUUGCUGAGAAGGCUCGGUGUGAUGCAGAAAGCCAGGCUACUGCUAAGGCGAGUGAAGCAGCGGCGAGCACGAGUUCGAGUGCGGCGUGCGUGGAGCCACCGCGGUGUAUGAUCUGGUCGGAGUGCGAGGCCUGCGAGCGACAGGUCACGCAAAUCAGUACCUCGGCCUGUGGGGCUACUGCUGUCGUCAAUGUAUUUAAUGCGUUGGGUGUUCCUGUUAAUUUAGAGAAGAUAAGUUCAUCUGUCGGCACCAGACAGAGAGCUAAUACUGCUCCAUUACCGAGAUACUUGCUAUCCCGCGCCGUGGCAGGUUGCACUGCAGCAGACCUGGUCUCCGGUAUCCACAGAGCCUCGGAUGGUCUGGUCACUGCCAGGUUCUUCCCAACAUACCCUGAGAGAGCCAUUUCACUGUCACACUGGCUGGCUGAUUGGAUUACUGUUGGGGCAGUGCCAAUACUCACACUGAACUUGCAAGCUGGCUACGAGAAUGAUAUCCCAGAUGCCUGGCACCAUCAAAUGGUCUUCGGAGUAUCUCCACGAGGCGUGUACCUAUGCAAUCCAGUAGAAUGCAUCCGUGAGGCCACGCUCUGGCAACACCUGACCUCACCAUCAGUAUUACUCGUGAAAACUAGGGAUGUCCUUUCAAGAUUCACUGCGGAUACUGAUCUCUCACCGUUGAUGGUUGUACCUGAUCGACGGUUCCAUACAUUUAAUGUGCUUGGUCAAGUGAUAAACGUGAUUCGCGAAUGGCGUGCGAUUGGUUGGGGAGACUUCAGUACAAGGACGCGGCACAUUCGUAUUCCAGCCUCGUACCAGGCCGGGGUGACGGUGGCCGCUCUCACAGGGUCGGAGGCCCAUCGCCGGCUCACCGUGGCUCCACAGCUACCCAUACUUACACAAACCGACCCCUAAACAAGAUGUAUGUAUGUUCUGCAUUUUAUAUAAAAUGUACAAUCAGACAAGUCAUUUUGUGCGCAGAUUAGAUAAUAUAGAUUGAUUGGGAUAG